GGAAAAUGUCUUCAAGAGACUCGGUGAGGAGUAAGAAGGUGAAGAGGAAGACGAUUAAGGUGAGAAGAGAUAGGAUGUUUGGAAUGUCGUCGAGGAAGAGCAAUUUCUUUAGAUUGAAGAAUAUUUCUGAUAAGAGGAAUUUGGGAAAAAUAAAUUUGGAGAAGGUUCUUGAAGAUGGACCAAGAGAGAUUAAAAGACUUCCUUAUAGUCUAAAACUUAAGGCCAAGCUUUUAAGUAUCUCUGAAGUAAAGAAUGAUCCACUAUUAUCAAAGGAAAUUCAGGAGAAGAUUGAUUAUUUUAUCACUCCCUACAACAAACUUGUGAACUUAAAAUAGACAUUUAGAUUAUGAAGAAGACUUUCAUAAUGAGCUAUCUCCUGCACGCAAGAGAUUGACAAAACAAGAUGAUGAAAGAUACUCUCAAUUUAUCAGCGAUAAACUUUGGAGCAAAAUCACGCAUUUAAUUUUCAAAAAUAAAGAGAAUUUUGACUUUCAGAUGGGCCUGAUCACCAAGAUUCUUUCAUUUAAAGGAAUCAUAAACGAGGGCGAUCUGAGUAGAUGAGAGUCUGAAGAGAAUGCAAGCCAAACAUCCGAGAGAAGAAGUUCUCUAAAGAAGCUUAAAGUCACAAAGAAACCAAAACUGAGCCCUAAGAAGCCCAAAUACCCCACCAGACUUAUGCACAGAUACAAGAAGGAGAUCAGGCAGAAGAGGAAUUCAGUAGUUGUGAGGGAUAGAGCAAGGAGUAGACCUAAGAGUAAUAUGGAGGUAGCUCAUGUGGUAAAUGGGCAGGAUUUGAGGAAGGAGGAGAGGGGGGAUGAGACUAAUGGGUUUGGGACGGUUAUGAGUGUGAAGAAUUGAAAGGAUAGGAAGAAGAGAGAUAAGAGGAAGAAAUUUAGUAAUUUUUAUUACAGAAGGUCGAUGGAGGAUCCAAUGCCUAAGUUAAGCUUUAAAAAGAAUGAUUCUGCAAUAUGCUUAUAAUUAACAAAGAUAAACCAGGUCAUAAUAAAAACUAUCUUGAAAAUUCCAGAAUCAGACUUAGAAGCAACAGUGAUUGAACAAUGAGAACUCCAGAAUAUAAAAUAAAGCCAAAUAGUGCGCAAGGAUUAUUGAAGAAUUUGAGGAAGAAGUUGGAAAUAGGGAAGUUGUGGGUUAAUAAGAAGUAGUUCAAGUUGGAAGGA